CGCGUUUUUGUUUACCUCACAAGAGUUGAAGGCUGAAGUCUGACAGAAGGCCCCGCCCAUUCCUCUGCAGAGUCUUUUAGAAGGAUUUCUGUGGAUUGGUGUCUGCGUGUGUGGACAGUAGGCUCCUCUGCAGUGGAUGUCUGAAAGCUCAAUGGACCUAUCAUCAUGAUGCUUGGCUCACCCGCAAUCCCUUACCUUCAACCGUGGGCCCGCCCCCUCCUUCAGCGGCUGCUGUCAGAGUUCUGGACCAGUGGCAGCUCUGCAUGGCGGCGUGGUGUGUGCAGAAGGCUCAGCACAGACAUCCCUCAGCCUGGGAUUGGUCCACAGCCAGUGGAGGUGUUGGGGCACUGCUACCCCCGGGAUGACUUCACCAACGUCACUCCAAAGAUCUUGGCCAAAGUCGGGCGCAACCUACACAACCAGCCGUAUCAUCCUCUGUGGCUGAUCAAGGAGCGCAUCAAAGCUCAUUUCUACAGCAAUUACUACGGGCCAGGAGGCAACCCGCUCUUCUCUGUCCACGACAACCUGAGUCCUGUGGUGACAGUGGAGCAGAACUUUGACAGUUUGCUGAUCCCACCCGAUCACUCGAGCAGAAAACGAGGAGACAACUACUACGUUAACCGAAAGACGAUGCUGCGCGCUCACACGUCGGCCCACCAGGCGGAGCUCGUCAGGUCAGGUCUGGAUGCCUUCCUGCUGGCCGGAGACGUCUACAGGCGCGACGAGAUUGACGCCAGUCACUACCCAGUCUUCCACCAGAUGGAAGGAGUCCGGCUCUUCUCCAACCACCAGCUUUUCUCAAAGGUCCAUAACGGCGAGGACCUGUCGCUGUUUGAGCGUGGGGGCCGCCGCACGCCGCAGAAGCAGGAAACGCACUCUCUGGAAGCAGUGAAGCUGGUGGAGUUCGACCUGAAGCAGACGCUGACGCGACUCGUCGCUUACCUGUUCGGAGCAGAUGUGGAGGUCAGAUGGGUCGACUGUUACUUCCCCUUCACUCACCCCUCCUUUGAGUUGGAGGUGCGUUUCCAGGGCGACUGGAUGGAGGUGCUGGGCUGCGGGGUGAUGGAGCAGGAGCUGCUGAACUCAGUGGGGGCGCAGAACAAACUGGGCUGGGCGUUUGGACUGGGUUUGGAGAGACUGGCCAUGGUUCUAUACAGCAUCCCAGACAUCCGGCUGUUCUGGAGUGAAGACGAACGCUUCCUCAAGCAGUUCAGGGUCCAGGACAUCCACCAGGACAUCUGUUUCCAGGACCGGCAGACGGAGUCACUGCUACCGCGUCAUCUACCGCCACAUGGAGCGCACUCUGACCCAGGAGGAGGUUCGUCUGGUCCACCAGCAGAUCGAGCAGACGGCGGAGGCGGAGCUAGGCGUUCGGGGCCGAUACUGAGAGAGUCAAACUAUUAUCUGACCUUUCUCAAUAAGAGCUUUGCCUUGGUUCUCUACUUCACAUUAUUUAACAACAUUAUCUUUGAAUAAAAAGCGUACAACUUCUAUUGACUUCAUAAACGAUAAAGAUGCGAAAAAUACGCAAUUUUUGCUUUUUUUUAAAUCUUUUACUUCAAACAGGUCCAGACAGGUGUAUUUUACACCAGAUUGAAAUUCAAUAAUCCCAAAACCUUCAGAGAAACUGAAACACAGAGCUCAACUCUAUCAUCAGGUAAAGAAAACCAACAUUACAAAAUAAAAGCUGCUGAACUCUUUAGGAGGAUGAAGACAACCACAAAUUAAAUUUAGCAGAGCAAAAACAAAAUAAGUUAUUUAAAACAAGUUUAUUCAAUGUUCUCCAUCAGAUAAAAAGCAAAAAGUGUGAUGGUUUUUAUUCCACAGAAAUAUAGUUUUCAUUAUGAUUCUGGGCGAUGAAGAUCAAGUUGUUCCUGAAAUCUCAAACCGAUGUUUCCUCUAAAGAUCACCUGAUGAUCUCUGCUUUUUUCUAUGUUGAAAUAAAAAAGCUAAACCUGUG